UGUAGCCCAUCAAUAUAUUGCAAAUGUGGCUCUGGGCCUAUUUAGAUUUCAUGUGACAACCAGAUAGUUAUUAUUUGGACGCGGAUACAGGGGUAUUGAUGUCAGCUGAGUGAAUAGCAGUCAAAACCCGUCAUAAUUCAAGUGUUUGUGGAAUAUUACAAGAAGAUGAUCUUAAACGGUGAUGUAUUUAGUCCACACAACGCCUCACGAACGCUUAAGUGUGCACGUGGCUAUCGACAUGGGUAUUGACCAAAGUAUCUGUAUUGUCACCGCCAUCUUGGAGCAGGCACCUUCGCGUCCGUCAUGUCGGUUGUGGUCAGAUGGCUGGGCAACCGGCUGAGGUCCUGCAGACGGCUGAGACGGGCUGUCGUCCUGGGCGUGACAGUAACCAUCUUCAUCCUCGUCCUGUAUCCCCAGGAGAAUACAGAUUCAUCUCAUGCAAGAGGUAUGAGGCCUUUGAAACGGUCCAACCACGAUCAUCAGUUGUCUCCUGCAUAUUGGUUCGUUGAACGCCGAGAGCAGCUUAGAGGCGCGUGCAGACAGAUCAAGCACCGGUCUGGACUUCAGCCGUUUUUAACCUACACCGAACACGUGAUCGUAAAUAUAAAGAACAACAUUUCAUUUUGUGAAAUCCCAAAAGUUGGUUCCAUGUUUUGGCGAUCAGUUCUGAGUGUUUUAGCAGGAAAAACAGACAAUUUCCACACUGCGUUUGAUAAAGAGUGGCUGACCUAUCUCUCAGCCUUGGCGAACAGAGACAAACCACAUUACGCUGCCACGAACAAGAUAGUGUUUGUCAGGAACCCUUAUUCAAGACUUCUAUCAUCAUACAUCGACAAGCUGUUUGCACCAAAUCCAUUUUAUUGGAAUUUGGUUGGAAAAGAUAUUGUGAAAACCGUCCGGCAAAAUCCAACUGUAGACAGUCUAAGAUGUGGCCAUGACGUGACAUUUCCGGAACUUGUUCGUUACUUAAUUAUCAUGGACAACAAAGGAGUGAAGUAUGACAGUCAUUUCGUGCCAGUCAGCAGGCACUGCUCGUUUUGUGAUACGCACUACGAUUUUAUCGGCCACGUCGAGACGUUCAGGGAAGACGUGGCUCACAUUGUGAACGCCGUCCCCCAACUGAAGAAACAGGUCAACCUGUCUGCUGUUGAAAGCGGGACAGAUCUUCAGCAGUUGGAACGAAACUCCCAUAAUGUGUUCGGCAUGAGAAAAGACAGAAUACUAAAAUGCAUGACAUUUCAUGAAGCUCUAGUUCGACUCUGGCGACGGUGGCAGGUCCGAGGUAUUUUGCAUAAAUCAGAAAAGUUUCCUCUGAACAAGCAGCAGUCAAGUUCAGUUACGUUUGAAGAUUUUCACAAGAUGGCAGUCGCGGCUUGGAGUCGAUCCGGAAGCGGAAGUUGGAAGUCAACUAAUAGGAAAGAGGCUCUGAAAGAAGCUUUUAGCGACCUUGACCCUGAUGAUUUAGAAAAAUUGAAUGUUAUGUUCGAAAAUGACUUUUUACUUUUCGGAUAUAGUCGUGACAUUGAAUUAUAUGGCGAGAAGGGAGCAGAUUAUAAAUACUUUAAGCUUGAUUAAAAACCAGUUGCCACCAACUGCAUGGUAUGUUUA